AGGGGCGGCCCUGGGGACGGCGAGGUGCAGCCCGAGCAGCGCGACGAGGAAGUGGCGCCUCCUCCCGGCGACGCAACCAGGCAGGGCGGCUCUACCGACCGGUAUGCAACCCGCGACGCUCAGCCGGUGCAGAACCAACAGCAGGACGACCAGAAGGCCUCGCCGGUGCUGCGGAAGAAGCAGCUCGGCCGGAAGUACACCGGCAGCGGGAGCGGAAGUAAAAGGAGUACCAGUGGCGCUCUGCAGGCGAACUCACGCGGGCGCACCGGAGGGGCCUUCAAAUGCGAAGUCUGCGAGAAGAGUUUUGCUUCAGCGAGUAAACUAAAGAGGCACAAGAUGUACCACACUGGUGAAAAACCAUUUAGCUGUGACCUCUGUCCAAUGCGUUUUACUCAGAAAUGCAACCUUGUCAGGCACGUGAGGACACACACUGGUGAAAAGCCAUACAAGUGUGACGUAUGUAAAAUGAGUUUCACUGAGAAAGACACUCUUGCCAGGCACAUGAGGACACACACUGGUGAAAAGCCAUUCAAGUGUGGCGUAUGUAAAAUGCGUUUUACUGAGAAAGGUCAUCUUGUCGCUCACGUGAGGACACACACUGGUGAAAAGCCUUUUAAGUGUGGCAUAUGUAAUAUGAGUUUUACUGAGAAAGGCCACCUUGUCAAACACAUGAGGACACACACUGGUGAAAAACCAUACAAGUGUGAUGCGUGUAGCAAGGCUUUUAGUUUAUUAUCAAAUCUCAAGAGACACAAAGCGAUUUGUAUUUCACUUUGAAUUUAUUUGUUUUUCAUGCUUUAAACUUUGUAAAUCUAUAUGAGGUAGUUUUUCAGCAACGAUUGUGAUUCAUACAUUUUUGUUGCUUCAUUGUAUUACGAAUAAACACGACUGCCGGCAGA